CAAAAAUAGCAAAACCAGAGAGAGAGAGAGAGAGAGAGAGAAAUGGCAGAUCUCGUGAUGAAGUACGAGAGAAUUGCAACGGAGUCUGCUCCUCCCCCGCCCAGCAGAAGUACGCCCAAGAGAACCAUGUCACUCGUCGGCUCUGGAGAAUCGCCGAGACCGCCUUCUUCCACUCCCGCCGUUGUGAGCCACCUCCCUUCCACCGCUUCUUUGGAGAAAUCACCGCCGCAAUGCAGCGGCUGUGUCUCCGGCGACUGCCCCUCCUGCUUCUGGUACGACCAGCUCCUCUCCACUGUCAAAUCCAGGGAAAACUCGAACAAGAGGAAGAGAUUCUUAGGUUCAGAGGCCGAGAAUUUGAAAAUUGAAACCGAGGACAAGACGUGCGCCGACGGCAACCUCAGGAGAGAUGCCCUGGCGUCGCUUGAUGCCUGCAGGAGGCCGGAGAUGCAACCGCGGCCGGCAUCAGACGCCGACGCGGCGGAGGUGAAGUCGAGGUGCGCGGCGGAGAUUGAGGCGUACUUGUCCGCCAUGGAGAAGGGCCAGCAGAGGCGGUUCGCGGAGAAGUACAAUUACGACGUCGUGAACGACGUGCCGCUCGAAGGCCGUUACGAGUGGAUCCCCCUCAGCGUGGGUGCGGUGGAGGAAACGCUAAAGUGACCGGCCAUGGUACGGAUUGUAGAAAUGGGGAACUCCCCACUCCGAUCGCUUCCUACCUGCCUUGGUAAAAAUGUGCAGUCUUCUUUUGUGCUCCCCGGAAGAUGUCCCGGCUUGUUUUCGCUUCAGUAUAAUAAUAGAUCGACACGUACCACCAAACCAAACC